CCCAGUGGUCAAGGUUGGUUGAGAAGGCGUCAGUGUGUUUAGUUUGUGCAGUCGAACCUGGAGCAGUGACAGAUGAAUUGUCGAAAAUAGAGGAAAAGCGAACGCGGGCAACUCUCCCGUGCACAAAAUAAAAACAUGUUUCCUAAAGGCAAAAGCUCCGUCGUGCCAUCGGAUGGUCAAGCUCGGGAAAAGUUAGCUUUGUAUGUGUAUGAGUAUUUGUUACACAUUGGUGCUCAGAAGUCAGCACAGACUUUCCUGUCAGAAAUCCGAUGGGAAAAGAACAUCACACUGGGAGACCCUCCGGGGUUCCUACAUUCCUGGUGGUGUGUCUUUUGGGACCUCUACUGUGCAGCUCCUGAGAGGAGAGACACGUGCGAACAUUCAAGCGAGGCCAAGGCUUUCCACGACUAUAGUGCCGCAGCAGCCCCCAGUCCUGUUCUUGGGAACAUGCCACCAGGAGAUGGCAUGCCUGGUGGACCCAUGCCCCCUGGAUUCUUCCAGGGCCCUCCCGGCUCCCAGGCCUCCCCUCACGCUCCUCCUCCCCCUAACAGCAUGAUGGGACCCCACGGUCAGCCUUUCAUGUCACCUCGCUUUGGUGGGGGACCACGACCCCCCAUCAGAAUGGGAAAUCAGCCCCCCGGUGGUGUUCCAGCCGCCCAGCCAAUGCUACCAAACAUGGAUCCUAGACUACAGGGACCGAUGCAGCGGAUGAAUGUUCCUAGAGGAAUGGGUCCCAUGGGCCCCGGCCCCCAGGGUUUUGGAGGAGGGAUGAGACCACCACACAACUCAAUGGGUCCUGGCAUGCCUGGAGUGAACAUGGGCCCUGGAAAUGGCAGACCACCAUGGCCAAAUCCAAAUGCCAACAAUAUGCCAUAUUCAUCACCAUCUCCUGGUUCUUAUGGGGGUCCACAAGGAGGGGGGCCUCCAGGAACACCUGGAAUUGUUCCUAGUCCAGCAGACUCCAACAACUCCAGUGAAAACCUGUACACCAUGAUCAACUCAGGAGGUGGAGGCCGCAACAGUUUUCCCAUAGGUCCAGGCUCUGAGGGACCCUUAGGGGCCAUGGCAGGAAUGGACCCCAUGCAUAUGAACGGAGGUUCAGGAGACCUGGAUGGACUUCCAAAAAAUUCUCCUAACAACAUGAGUGGCAUGAGCAAUCCUCCCGGGACUCCUAGAGAUGAAGAUGUAGGAGGCAGCUACCUUCACUCCUUCCAGAAUGAGAAUCAGUAUUCUCCUUCCAUGACCAUGAGCGUCUGAUGCCAGUCUGUUUGCUCCAUUCUGGAAACUCACAGUUGGCCAUCGAUGACAUAGACAGAGUACAUGUACAGGAAAUGGAAUUGGGUGGGACUGUCCUGCGUCCUCACAAGUGGUCUCAUGCAAUAUCAGAACGAUUUUUGUUGUUACUUUCUAUUUUUGUUUUGUUUUUAAUGGCUAGCAAACCUUUUCUCCUCUCUCAGAUCGGAAGAUCUACGUGUGACUCAGUGCUCCUGGAUUUUUAGUUUUCUUGCUCCCCUCAGAGGCCAUCUCUCAUCAAGAAGAAAAGUAUGAUUACUGCUGACUUAAUCGCUGGAUGUGUGUACAUUUUGUGCCGAAGAGGAAUAAUCGCAGUUCGCUCUCUCUCGAAAUCCGACAUCCAUGUCAAACUUCAGCAUGGUUUACACGUACGAAACUUCCUCCGACUUUUUGACACUGAACUCUCAUACGUGGCCUUGAAUUCUGUGAAUAUUUUAUUGCCUUUCAAUGACCUGUUUUUAUUUUUCUCCAGUGAAAUGCGUCAAGCGGUGAGAGAAUUCUGUCUUUUCUGAACGGGGAAAGACUCGCAGUUGUAUUUUACUUGUACACUGUCAUUUUUGUCUUCAAGCAUUAUAAGCAGCUGCUUUUAAGGAAUAACUGCAUUGACGGGUUCCGUCAUGAAGAUGACUUUGUUUGUUUUCUGCACUGAUUUCAUGUUCUCUUAUUUUACUGAAAUUUAACUGCUGUCUCAAUCUUUGGUGAAAGACUGAAUGAUUCGCUGAUCCUCUCAGAUGCUGACCCUGACAAACAUACUACCUAUGAGACCUUCUCAGAGCUCCUCAGGCGACUGACUGGAUUACACGUCUGGAUGGGUCUCCCUGCAAAAAGUUCAGCCAUUGUUGGGUUUCAUUGACAUGAUGAAUUUGUGAUGGUUAAAGACUCCCAUGUCAUGUUUUUCUUUAUAUAUAUAUAUAUAUAUAUAUAUAUAUAUAUAUAUAUAUAUAUAUAUAUAUAUAUAUAUAUAUAUAUAUAUAUAUAUAUAUAUAUAUAUAUAUAUAUAUAAAAUUCCCUCCCACGUGACUUGUUUUAGCUCUGAAAUGGUUUGAUGUUGGUUCAAAAGUAUCAUCCUGUAAGGAUGUUGCUUUUGUAAGCCAGACUCUAGUGUGUUUGGAUUUGUUGUAUUUGGUUUCAUUUGAGCGACAUCAGACAAAGUCAUUCUACAGUUAGAAUGGUAACUUAUUGUAUUUAUACAGACAUUUGGUCAUUGUUUUACAUUUUAGUAGCUGUUUUGCACUGCUCUUGUUAGCUUGUGCAUCAUACUUUUAACUGUGGGCUGAAUAGGCUUUUUUUCUAUGUUGACUACUAAAUUAUUUGGCUCCUUUGAGGAUUUUCGUCUUGUUUUUCAGUCAUUCAUACCAAUUCAAACAGGAAAGCAGCGUUUCAGCCUACCUUUGGUUUCCAGUGAAUCGCUUUUUAAGAGAAAAGGGAAAGCUCAAUGUGAAAUGAUUUUAACUUUGGAAAAAUGAUGUAAAGCUGUUGAUGUUCCCCAACUUCUUUUAGGGUAGCAUCUCUCCAGAGGGCCAAGAUCCAGCCAUUUGAAUUCCAUGUAAAUCAUUCUCUUUAAAUCAGUGAACCAGUUUCGAUGUAAGAUAAAGUUGUUCCCAAAUUGU